AUGGCAAGUACCACUGGCCUGGCUGUGUCCCGGCAGACUCCUCUUGGGGACAACAGGAAACACAUGCCAUGUAAGGACAUCCUGCAGCAGCAGCUGCUUCUCCGUGGACAGACGAAAGUCAGACGAGCGUGUGUCUUCAGCCAUCUCUGCUUCCCCUUCCCGUAUCCAUCAGAGGUUUAUCAGAAGAAAAAGAAAAUGAAGAUCAUUGUAUAUUUUUGCAUUUGGGCAGUAGCAUGGACCAUUCCAGUUCCUCAAAUCAAGCCGUUGGAGAGACAUGCUGUUGACGAAACUGUGAAUUUAAAUCUUCUAGCAAAAUCAAAAGUGCCAAUACAGGAUGCAUUAAAUGCCAAUGAUACCACCAAAGAAAGUGCUGGCCUCAUGCAUGAAAAUGAACGAGGAAGGCGACAGGAUACCAAAGAUGGCUACAGAGGAGAGAGAAAUGGUUCUGAGUGGGCAGAGCUGGGAGGGAAAAGUUCUUCUACAGGUUCCACAUUAGUAAAUGAAAAGGGGAAUACAGAGGAUCUAAAGGGGGGCACAGGAAAACCAGAAACAUACGAUCAUGAUGGGAUCCAAGGACAAGAAGAUAGCACCAGUGCAAACGGCCUCAGGGGACAAGUAAGCAUCAUCCAAGAUGCUGGAGCAGCAAAUGGGAGCCAUAUUGAUGGGAUUACUGAGAACAAUUCCCAAAAUGCGAGUGUUGGAAACACAAGUCAAAGUGAGGACGCCACUGUUGUCCAAGAAGAUGGACAUCAAGUAGCUGGAAGCAGUAGCAGUACAGGUCAGGAGGAUGAAAUCAAUGGGAAUAUCUGUAGAAACGGGGCUGACACAAGUGAAACAACACCUCAGAGAGAAGGCGAGAGAAAUGGGAAUGAGGAGGCAGGGAUAUUGCCAGUGGGAAGUGGAGCUGGCAACGGAGAAGAUGUUGGUUUGGAUAAUUUUGAAGGAAGUCCUAGUGGGAAUGGAGCAGAUGAAGGUGAAGACAAGGGCUCUGGUGAUGAUGGAGGUGAAGAAACAGGGAAUGGAGAAAAGGGUAGUGAUCCCAGCAAGGGCCAGGAGGGUCAGUCUCAUGGAGAAGAGGAUGAUGAGGACAAUAGCUUAGGUAAAAAUUCAGUUAGCAGUGAAGAUGAUGGCCCUGGGGACAACGAAGACGCCCAUGUCAUUGGUGGAGACAUCUCCAAGAGUGAGGAAGAUUCUGCCGGUAUUCCAGAAGACAAUGAUAGCCAGAAAACAGAGGACACUCAAAAACCCAGUCACGGAGAGAACAAAGCUAUGGAAAAUAGAAUCACCGAAAAGUCAGAGCCACCUGCUAUUGGGAAGGGCCAAGAUAAGGGAAUGGAAAUAGAAAGUCCUAGCAGUGGGCACAGAAACAAUAUUACCAAAGAAGCUGGGAAAGUUAAUGAAGAUAAAGAGAGUAAAGGCCAGCAUGGAAUGAUUGUGGGCAAAGGAAGUGUCAAGACACAAGGAGAGAUUGACAUUAUACAAGGAGCUGGCCAGAAACUGGAACCUGGAAAUAAGCUUGGACCCAGCAAAACACACAGUGACAGUAACAGUGAUGGAUAUGACAGUUACGAGUUUGACGAUGAAUCCAUGCAAGGAGAUGACCCCAACAGCAGUGAUGAUGCCAACUCUGAAGGUGAUAAUAAUCACAGUAGCCGAGGAGAUACCUCUUAUAACUCUGACGAGUCAAAUGAUCGUGGCAAUGACAGUGGCUCAAAAGGAGGUGACGAUGGCGGUGACAGCACAUCAGACGCUGAUGACAGUGGUAGCGAUGCCAAUGGUAGCAAUGGAGAUGAUGACAGUGGCAAAUCAGGCAACAGCAAAGAUAAAUCAGACAGCAGUGACAGCAGUGACAGCAGCGACAGUGACAGCAAGUCAGACAGUGACAGCAGUGACAGUGACAGCAGUGACAGCAGUGACAGCAGUGAAAGUGACAGUAAAUCAGACAGUGAUGACAGUGACAGCAGUGACAGCAGUGACAGCAGCGAUAGUGACAGUAAAUCAGACAGUGAUGACAGUGACAGCAGUGACAGCAAUGACAGUGACAGUAGUGACAGCAGUGAUAGUAGUGACAGUAGUGAUAGCAAAUCAGACAGCAGUGACAGUAGUGACAGUGACAGCAAAUCAGACAGUAGUGACAGUAGCGACAGCAGUGACAGCAGUGACAGCAGCAAUAGCAGUGACAGCAGUGACAGUGACAGUAAAUCAGACGGUGACAGCAGUGACAGCAGUGACAGCAGUGAAAGUGACAGUAAAUCAGACAGUGAUGACAGUGACAGCAGUGACAGUAGUGACAGCAGUGACAGUGACAGUAAAUCAGACAGUGAUGACAGUGACAGCAGUGACAGCAGUGACAGUAGUGAAAGUGACAGCAAAUCAGACAGUGACAGCAGUAACAGUGACAGCAGUGACAGCAGUGAAAGUGACAGUAAAUCAGACAGUGAUGACAGUGACAGCAGUGACAGCAGUGACAGUGACAGCAGUGACAGCAGCGAUAGUGACAGCAGUGAUAGUAGUGACAGUAGUGAUAGCAAAUCAGACAGCAGUGACAGUAGUGACAGUGACAGCAAAUCAGACAGUAGUGACAGCAGUGACAGCAGUGACAGCAGCAAUAGCAGUGACAGCAGUGACAACAGUGACAGCAGUGACAGCAGCGAUAGUAGUGACAGCAGCGACAGUGACAGCAGCAAUAGUGACAGCAGUGACAGCAGCGACAGUGACAGUAAAUCAGACAGUGACAGCAGUGACAGCAGCGAUAGUAGUGACAGCAGCGAUAGUGACAGUAAAUCAGACGGUGACAGCAGCGACAGUGACAGCAGCGACAGCAGUGACAGCAGCGACAGUGACAGCAGCAAUAGUGACAACAGCGACAGCAGCGACAGUGACAGCAAAUCAGACAGUGACAGCAGUGACAGCAGUGAUAGUAGUGACAGCAGCGAUAGUGACAGUAAAUCAGACGGUGACAGCAGCGACAGUGACAGCAGCGACAGCAGUGACAGCAGCGACAGUGACAGCAGCAAUAGUGACAACAGCGACAGCAGCGACAGUGACAGCAAAUCAGACAGUGACAGCAGUGACAGCAGCGAUAGUAGUGACAGCAGCGAUAGUGACAGUAAAUCAGACGGUGACAGCAGCGACAGUGACAGCAGCGACAGCAGUGACAGCAGCGACAGUGACAGCAGCAAUAGUGACAACAGCGACAGCAGCGACAGUGACAGCAAAUCAGACAGUGACAGCAGUGACAGCAGCGAUAGUAGUGACAGCAGCGAUAGUGACAGUAAAUCAGACGGUGACAGCAGCGACAGUGACAGCAGCGACAGCAGUGACAGCAGCGACAGUGACAGCAGCAAUAGUGACAACAGCGACAGCAGCGACAGUGACAGCAAAUCAGACAGUGACAGCAGUGACAGCAGUGACAGCAGUGACAGCAGCGACAGUGACAGCAGCAAUAGUGACAGCAGCGACAGCAGCGACAGUGACAGCAAAUCAGACAGUGACAGCGGCGACAGCAGCGACAGUGACAGUAAAUCAGACAGUGACAGCAGUGACAGCAGUGACAGCAGUGACAGCAGCAACAGUGACAGCAGCGACAGUGACAGCAGCAAUAGUGACAGCAGCGACAGCAGCGACAGUGACAGUAAAUCAGACAGUGACAGCGGCGACAGCAGCGAUAGUAGUGACAGCAGCGACAGCAGUGGUAAGAGUGACAGCAAGAGCAAGUCUGGAAAAGGCAACAACAAUGGAAGUAGUAGCGACAGUGACAGCGACAGUGAAGGCAGUGACAGUAAUCACUCAACAAGUGAUGAUUAG